AUGCACGAAUUCAAGACCUCAAAUUCAUGGACCAAAUUAGCCCCCAACUCCAGCUCAACAUCAUCUUCCUCAAUCGGACACCCAUCAACUCUCAAUUAUCUCACAAAAUCGCCUCUAAACCUCUUACCGCCAACAGUCACACCCUUCCUCUCACCAGAGAAUUCAGGCAAUCUUCGGCCACAAACCCAACUGCCGGACUCAAGAAGCCCGACUUCCACGCCGGUCCAGCCUCGAGGAGAUGAAACACCCUUCAAGGUCUUCCUCAUUGAAUGCAAUAACCCUUCCUACAAAGAGUACAAGCGCCACCGAGAUGUGCACCACGACGGCGUCGAUAAGGGCGUAGAACGAUUCUGCGACUCGGAUAUUGCACGCGAUACCAUCACUCUCGUAGAUGAUGUACAAUAUCACCCCCUUCCUACCUGGCGAUGGCGCUACAAGGAUAGAUAUGGGGUUUACUUGGACUUCAAGGUCAACUGGAAGGUCGGAUGCCGCACCUCCCAAGGUUUCCAAGAUAUUCAGCGGUCACUUGGUCCCGAUGGACCGUCUUGUGAUGACAUUAUGUUAGCUAACUGGAAGCAUUAUCUUACAUCAUGA